AUGCCUACCUACGCCGAUCUCUACGCGCUGGCUCCCGUCUCUAGUGGGCCAAUGAGGCUCACGAUCUCAAGGAACGAGCUCGGAGAGGAAGUCUGGGAGGAAGAAGAGCUCAUGGACUGCGACGCUGGCCGUGGGGACACUACGGACGUUCUCACUAACCAGCAAGAUGUUGACAAGACUUUACCAAGCGGGCUAGGUCUGAUUUCUGCGCUAGCAUCAAGAGAAGGCCCGAGUAUCUUCGUCAUUGAUACGUGAGUCUGAAUUCGCGUGUGUGAAUGCAGGUCCUCUGACGUCACAACCCUCUCGACCCGUAGGAAUGCUCUCUUAGAUGCGCUGACUCUGUUGGACGCGCUAUACAAAGCUGUGCUGGCUGCCAAUGUCAACGCUCUUUCCACUCCUACCGCUCGGCCUGCGCCAAUCUUGCUCGUAGUGCCAUCUGUCGUUCUCCGCGAGUUAGACGGCAUCAAGAAAAGCAACAAGACCGCGAGUCCUCGCGCUCAACAAGCCUCGCGAUGGAUCUUGGGUAUGGUGCAUGUGCAGAAGCACAUGACCUACUUCCCUGUUCCACAUCAGGAACAGGUGAUUCCGCAAGCUGCGUGGGCUUUGAUCGUCCAGACAAGCUCAGAGCAGCGCGAAUUUGAACUUGCUGCACAGCCAGCUGUACUGGUGAGUCGAUCCACUGUGAACUUACGUUUCCGCUACCAGAAUGCUCAAGCUGUUUCUGCCAUCUUCAUAGUCUGCCGACGACCACAUAAUACAAUUUACUAAGUAUCUGCAAGAGCUUCGCAAGGUCAUUGCAUGGCUCUUCUCGAGCGAUGUAAAUUGCCGAGCUCGAGCAGAGGCUGAGGGCCUUCGCACGUUGUCCGUCAAGGACGUUCUCGGCUCGACAGCACUUUCGCCAGCAUCUUGCACGAUAGCCGCUGCGCAGCUCUUGGAGCAAUGGCAAGCGCAAGUGCAAACGAAAGCAUCAAUGACAGAGACAGGUGGGCAGCUUGUCGAUCUAAAAGACGACAUGAUGUCCGAUUGACCUUCUUUUGUCUUUGUUGAUUUUGUUCGUCACGUUGCAGCAGUCGGUGCAGAUGUGCAAAUGAUGGAAGACUUGUCAAAUUUGACAAUGACCGAUCCGGUCUUCUCCGGCAUGGUCUCUGCAGCCUCGCCGUCGCCGUCGCCUUCACCUUUGCCCUCGCCUGCACGCGGUCGAAGCACUGCAGACAGUCGUUACGCUCGCGAUUCGCCGUUGAACGAACUCAACUCUCUUCCUGCGUUGACGUCGACUUCUGCCUCUUCCAGUCACGUUGUCUCUGAAUCUCCUGAGAGGGGACGACGCUCGGCCGACAGCCGAUAUGCUGCCAGCGAGGACCGUCCUGCUCGCAUUCAGCAGCCUGAAGGAAAUGGCUCCAGCAAGGAUACAGCGACACCCAAACCGCAGAGCGGUAUUCAUCCUGCUCGCCUUGCGCUCCAGCAGGCUGAAGCAAAAAAAAAUCCUGGCCGCUCAGUCGAGGUUGAGCAGCUGGCUCCUCCGCCGGCGUUCUCAUCCACUGGAGCGAAUCUUUCGCCUUUAGGUCAACGUAAAAAGGCUUUUGCUCAAAGUGCGCCUAUGGAGAGCCAGCCUUCUCGUGCACAUGCACAAGCCAAUGUGCAUCCUGCUCGUGCUGCAAUGCAGCGCGCUGAAGCUGCUUCGCCAAGUACAGCGCCCACUCCCGCUCGCGGUCGCGGUGCGUUUUCGAACCCUCAGAAGACAGGCUCUAACACUUCGCCCCUUAGCGGGCCUCGUCGUUGGGGCGCUUGA